CGGUGUUGUUUAAAUAUCUCAUUAAAAUGGACAGAAUUUGAAAUCUGAGAACAGUUUCUUAUCAAAAGUAACAAACCCCAAAGUGAUUGUGAUGGGAGGUGAGCUACAGUGUUCUUUUCAUUCACCAUCUGGUAACAGCAAAGACAAAUCGAUUCUGGGGAUUAAUUGAUAGUUUCUAAUAAAAAAUGAGAAUCGAGAAAUCAAUAUUUUUUACCCAGGCCUAAUGAAUUUACAGUUUAAUAUGAUACAGAAAUACUAGAAAUAUAUAACAGAAACAUACCUAAAGCAAAAUGACAAUGACUGUAUUAUCGAAUAUUAUUUAUAUGUAAAAUCUUGUAUUGAUAUAGGCUUAACUACAGUCUGACAAUAAUGUACUUUAUAUAAAGAAUUCAUAUUACAAAAACACAUACUCAUCAUGUUGCCUGGAUUGUUUUUAGUCAACAUGGUAAGAAAGAAGAGAAUAAAACCUGAGCAGGAUGCAAAAGAACACAUAUUGCCGGGCAAAGACAAAGCCUUCAUUGAGGGAUGACAAAUCAACACAUUUAAAGAUUACCUAUAAAGACAAAUCAAAGACAGUUGCAAAGAAAGGAGAUUCAGCUUUGACUGGAAAUGAAAUGGAAUUGUGUGACGAGACAUCAGUGACUGUGACUGAAUACAGUGUGAAUCCUUCCUCAUCAGUGAACGAGAAAAUGACCUGUAAAGACAAAUCAAGGACAGCUGAAAAGAAAGAUUCAGCUUUGACUGGAAAUGAAAUGGAAUUGUGUGACGAGACAUCAGUGACUAUGACUGAAUGCAGUGUGAAUCCUUCCUCAUCAGUGAAAGAGAAAUGCCACCAUGAAGUUCACAGUGCUGUUAUCUCUAGUUUGGAUUCUUGUGGAGAUUGCAGUGGACCUGUGUCAAGUUGAAAAUGGCUUGGCCUUACAUGCAAAUAUCAGUAUCUGCAUCACUCAUAUAUAUGGUUGUAUGUGUGUUCUUGACCCUCUUGAAAACAAAAUGGGCUGUCCUAUAAAUUCCUGGUAUUUUUAUUUCAUUUUUUGUGCAGUUUAUUCAAAUCAUUUUUAUUUUUAGGACAUGUCUAUUUUCUGCAUUUGUCUUUUUUGAAUAAAAAAAUGUGCAGUAAUCUGAUUAUAACUAAACGAAGCGUGCUUUUAUUUAACUUUAAUUUUUUUUCAGUAUGUUCAAGAUCACGGCACAAAAUAAGACACUGGUAUGUUAAUUUCUUUUACAUCACAUUGUAAACAUUUUCAAGUUUGUUACAUCAAAACUGUGAUGGACAUUAACUUUUUAAGACCUGAAGGCUUUUUUUGAGUUUUUUUUUUUCUGAGCAACAUACACAAAAGUAAAGACUCAUAACUUCAAAUCUAUAGCAAGGAGAGUCAAAAGGUAGGUAUCAUUUGAUAGAACACUUUGUAAAUUUUUAGAAAAUAUAAAUUACAUUACAUUUGGAUAUUGUCAUGCUGAGAAACCGCUGAUAAAAGACAAAAAAUAUAUAUAAUUUUUUUUUUAUAAUUUUUCAUUUUUUUUUUUAUUUGACAU